AUGCUUUCCAGAGGCCUCUUACUCGGCGGGCUGGCAAGUCUAGCUGCAGCCCAGUUUCCCCCCACGCCCGAGGGAGUCAAGGUCAUCAGGUCCAAGUUCCACGAGAACGUGACCAUUUCUUUCAAGGAGCCUGGACUUUGCGAGUCCACACCGGGCGUCAAAUCCUACGCUGGUCACGUUCACCUUCCACCGGGUUCGUUGGAUGAUGGGUCGGGGGAGAAGCAGGAUUACCCCGUCAACACGUUUUUUUGGUUUUUCGAGGCCCGUCAUGAACCCGAAAAUGCUCCGUUGGCCAUUUGGCUGAACGGUGGCCCUGGUGGCUCCUCCAUGAUCGGUCUUUUGAACGAGAACGGUCCCUGCUUCAUUGAUGACGAUUCCAGGUCCACAAUCCACAACCCUUGGAGCUGGAAUAACCAUGUCAAUAUGCUCUACGUUGAUGAGCCUAACCAGGUUGGCUUUUCAUACGACAUUCCCACCAAUGUGACCAUCUUCACUGGCGGUGAGGAGGCCAAGAUUGUCCCUGCCAAUUUUUCGAGUGGAAUCCCUCAUACCAACCUCACAACUCGAAUCGGCACUCUUUCCAGCCAAAGGUCGUCUCACACCACCAACAGCACCCAGCAGGCCGCCCACGCUCUGUGGCACUUUGCCCAGAUUUUCUUCGCCGAGUUCCCUCAUUACAAGCCGAAUGAUGACCGAGUUAGUAUAUGGGCUGAAAGCUACGGCGGUCACUAUGGACCUGGAUUCAUGCGCUUUUUCCAGCAGCAGAAUGAGAAGAUUCUCAAUGGAACGAUUAAUGUCGAACACGCCCACUACCUUCGCCUUGAUACUCUGGGUAUCGUCAAUGGGUACCUUGAUGCCGUCAUCCAGGAAGAGGCGUCCAUCAUUUUCCCCUUCAACAAUACUUAUGAUAUCAAGGCCAUCAACCAGACCGUGCAUGACGAGCUAAUGCACAACUUUACUCACAAAGGGGGUUGUCGCGAUCAAAUCAUUGAGUGCCAGAAGGAGCUUGUUGGUAUCGACAAGAAUGCACUCAGGAUAUCCCGACGAUUCCCGUCUGAGCUGUGCCCCAAGAUGGAAGACGCGUGCAUGUCAAGUGGCGAGACGGCUUUCGAAAAUAAUAACAAUGCUCGUUUCGACAUCUCGCACCCCAAAAAUGACCCAUUCCCGCCCCCACACUACAUCGGCUUUCUAGACGGACAAGGACCUCUUGGCGCUCUUGGCAGUCCUGUCAACUUUACAAUGUCUUCGCAGACUGUCGCGCUGAACUUUUUCACCACCUUGGACGAGGUUCAUGGCGGAUUCCUGGACGCAGUUGGAUAUCUUCUCGAUUCGGGUGUGAAGGUGCACAUGAUGUACGGUGACCGUGACUUCGCUUGCAACUGGAUCGGAGGAGAGAUGUCGUCUCUUGCCAUCCCCUACUCGCGCGCACAAGACUUUCGGAAGGCCGGCUACACCCCGUUGAUUACGUCUGAAGGUGUUGGCGGACUUACCCGCCAGUUUGGCAACUUCAGCUUUACCCGAGUCUAUCAGGCUGGACAUAUGGUUCCCAUGUAUCAACCCGAAGCUGCGUACGAAAUUUUCAUGCGUGCCAUGUUCAACCGCGACAUCCCCACCGGCCUGUUGCCUGUACACGAUGAGCUGUCGACUGUCGGCCCCUCGGACACAUGGCAUGUGAAGCAGGCUCCUCCUGAGGCGCCGGAGCCCAAGUGCUACAUCUUGGCUCCUGAGACGUGCACGCCCGAGGUGUGGGAAAUGGUGAAGAGCAACAAGGUGACAGUCAAGGACUAUUUUGUUGUUGAGAAUGAGGAAGUGAGCGAUUGGGAGUUGUAG